AUUCUCUCCUCCAGUUCCCGCCUCGACCUCAUGAACGAGCGCUUAAUGGUACUUAUGAUCGAAUAACGCGUGCCCAAGGACGCGUGCCACUUAUUGCUCCUCUACUUCUUUCCAUCACUCACUUUCGAGUGAAGAUAUCUAUCCAACAUGACGAAGGCAUAUGUUAUGAAUGGGUUGAUUGAGAAGAUGCAGUCGGGAGACCAAGACUUCCGGUAUAUGGGUCUCAAUGAUCUCCUUGUUGAGAUCAAGCAAGAUCCGAAUAGUUUCUUGGGCGAGGAAGCCGUCGAGAACAAGGUGCUGCGUCAGGUUCUGCAGCUCGUCGAAGACAAGAUCUCAGAGGUCAAGAACCAGGCUGUCAAAUGUCUUGGACAACUCAUCAAGAUCAUCCGAGAGCCUCAGAUGGUGUUCGUUGUCGAUAAACUGAUCGAGUUCUCAGCAGGGAAGGACGAGGAACUCCGAGAUAUCGCUGGAUUGGCAUUGAAGACAAUCACCUCCGAAUUGCCAGUGGAAGGCAAGAUGGCAGCGAAAGCUUGUGAGAAGUUGACACCAAAGCUCCUUUUGCAGCUCACAAAUCCUGAAAUAGCUCCAGAGACCCUCUUGGAAACACUAUCGAUCCUGUCAAUCUUGAUCAUCCGAUUCCCAACUUACCUCUCUGACCCAUCUCUCGAACCUACACCUCUUUCUGUCCUCAUUCCACUUCUGAAUCACCCUCGUGCAGCUGUACGAAAACGGGCAAUCACGACUCUUGCGCAAUUUCUUCCAUUGACUCAACCACAGUCAGCUUCGCAACUUGUACAGACUGUCGUCCUCCCUGCUUUUGCGUCUGGCACGAACGCGGAUCGGCAACGCACAAUUGUUCAACUUGUGGCUGCUGUCGCUCGCCAUUCCCCUCAUCAUGUUGCUCCAUUCAUGAAGGAUAUUGUUAAUGGCAUUAUAAAAGCUGUCUCCAAAGAUGACGAAGAGUUGAGAGAAAGCUCACUUCAGGCCCUUGAGGCCCUGGUGCUCAGAUGCCCUGCUGAAAUCGCUAGUUUUUUGCCGAUUAUCAUCAACAUUGGUAAGGAGUACAUCAAAUAUGACCCUAAUUAUGCCGGUGAUGCCAGCGAUGAAGAUGAAGAGAUGGCGGACGGGGAAGACGAGGACGAUGAAGAGUUAGAUGAGUAUUCUGAUGACGAAGAUACAUCAUACAAAAUUCGUCGUUCCGCCACCAAGCUUCUAGCUGCGGUCAUUGCCACCCGUCCCGAACUUCUCGUGACGCUCUACAAGGAAAUAUCUCCUGCUCUCAUUUCACGCUUUGGAGAUCGCGAAGUGACCGUUCGAGUUGAGAUCUGGGCAACCUACGGUCUUUUGCUCAGUCAGACCGCUCUUUACGGAGGUUCCCUGCAGACUAAGGAUGCUGAAUAUAUUGUCGGCGGUAAACGCAAACGUGACGAGGGCAUGGAAGUUGAAGAGACCCCUUACACUCUGCUUCGAGAUCAAGUCCCAUCUUUCGCUAAAGCUCUUUUGGCCCAAUUAAAAUCGCCAAAGACACCUCCUGCGACGUUACAGGCUGGGUUUACUCUGUUACAUCAGCUUCUAACAGUCCUCCCUGGAAGUUUGUCCGCUCAGGCACCAUUGGUUCUCUCGAACACCAGAGCCGUACUUUCGCAAUCCUCCACAUCCUCGACUUCUGCGCUUCAAGUUACCUGCCUGUCCUUCCUUGCCCUUUUCUUCUCCACGCAUUCUCCGCCAACUUUCAACGGAUCAUUAGAGUCUAUUCUACCAGUCCUCCUUCGAUCGGUCGGCGAGAAGCACCCUCGGCUUGCUUCAGAGUCUUUCCGCGUGUUUUCUUCCCUCCUCAAUGCGUUAAAACCUUUGAAGAAUGGCGACUGGGUUGAGCGCAUCUAUAAUGAAGCAGUUCGACGACUCAGCGACCAUGAGACAGAUGCUGAAGUGAGAGAACGCGCGGAAGAAGUUAUCGGCGAUUUGUGGAUUUCUGCUAUUGAUGUGGUUAAGACCAAGAACAGAAAAGAGUGGGAGGCGAUGUGCAGGACGAGCGGACGAACUGAAGGUGCUGUCAAGGUCAUUACUCGUGUUGCCAGGGAGGCUGAGAUCGGCGACGAUUGGGUCAAUGGCUGCGUUGAAUGGGUUUUGACUCUACUAAGGCGAAGCGGGAGAUCAGGCAAGAGUGACAUUUUCAGUUGCUUGGAUGCUUUGUUGAGAAGAUAUCGCUCGUUGCCUGCCGAUCUCCCGGCUACUCUGAUACCCCAACUGAAACCGUUUAUCUCCACGAGCGAUAUCUCUCUGCUUGCUCAGGCUCUCAGUAUCAUCGCUUUACUGCUCGAACUUUCGCCUGUUGUUACCUUCCCCGAAGUUGAACGCGAAGUUCUCCAAGACAUCUAUGCUAUUGCCCAUUCUCCUCUCGUGUCUGGAGUACCUUUCGACUCUGUCCUUGCUUUCUUUGCUGCCUUAGUCGAGGCCGAUAUGCAAAUUGCUACUCAUAUUGUGCCCAAUUUGGUCAUCUCAAUUGAGAGGGAUGUCAAAAACCCAGUAUCCCAAGCCAAUGUGGCGAAAUGUGUUGGCCAGGUUGUGAAGAGUCAACAUACCAUUGCCGCCGGUACUAUUGCUGAAUUCUCCAAACAUCUCAGACCCACCUCCAAAGCCAGGCCUUCUCAGAUCGUUCUCAGUCUACUUGUCAUGGGCGAGAUUGGUCGCUUCAUUGAUAUGUGGGCUCAGCAGGACAUUUUCAAUCAGGCAAUUACACACUUCGCUUCCGAACAGGAAGAAGUCCGUACGGCAGCGGCUUUUGCUGCUGGGAAUAUGGCUGUUGGAAACUUGCAGCAUUUCCUGCCUGUCAUCGUCAAGAUGGUGGAGACUGAUUCUCAAAGGCGUCUUCUCUCGUUGCAUGCACUGAAAGAGGUUGUCACACAUUGUUCUCAUGGUCAACUCGAGAUUGUCGCAGAUACUCUUUGGGUACCUCUCUUCCAGAACUCCGAGAACUCUGAAGAAACCACGAGAAAUGUCGCCGCGGCUUGUCUCGGCAAGCUUACGACAACCCAUCCCUCACGGUAUCUCCCACAAUUACACGAUCGCAUCCGUGACCCAAACCCUGCUGCCAGGGCUACUGUACUUGCUGCCAUUCGAUAUACUUUUGCAGAGACCUCUCAGACUUUCAACGAACUUCUCAGUCCUCUUCUGAUGGAUUUCCUAUCGCUCAUUUCAGAUCCGGACCUCACUGUCCGACGUCUUGCAUUAUCUGCAUUGAACUCAGCCGCUCGCGCGAAGCCGUACCUUAUUGCUCCCCAUCUCUCGACAAUUCUACCCAGCCUAUACAAGGAAACACUUCUCAACCCUAACCUGAUUCGCACGGUACAGAUGGGACCAUGGACGCACAAGGUUGAUGAUGGUCUCGAGGCACGAAAGACGGCGUACGAGACGCUUUACACUUUGGUAAGUCGUCAGUGUCAAUUUGGCGCCAUAGCAUUCCUAAUCACGUACCUGCCAUAGCUCGAUACUUGUUUAUCCCGACUUGACCUCCAUGAGUUCCUGUCCAAGGUACUCACUGGGCUUGCGGACGACUCUGACGAAGUUAAGGUCAUCUCGCACAUGAUGUUGUUCCGCCUAUCCCAAGUUGCACCAACCGCCGUUUCUCAACGACUUGAUGAGAUCACGCCUCUCCUCGAACGGAGCAUGAAGGGCGCUACUGUGACGAAGGAUACGGUCAAGCAAGACGUUGAACGAGCAGCUGAACUUCAGAGAAGCACACUCCGAGCGGUUGUAGCGCUUAGUAAGAUCGUGCCUCCAGGAACCUCUCCUAAAUUCGAAGUAUUUGUGGAGACAACAAGAAGGCAUCCUGAUUUUGGAAAAGAUUUUGAAGAACUUCUCGGAGCGUAAAUCCCUGUAAACACUGAACUGUACAUAGUUGUCAAGUAUAGUGUAGCUGAUCCCCUACUGUAGCUGUAGUGAUAUUGAUGUCCGUCAUUGUGACUUACGAUCACUAGAUGUUUCUCAUCGAUCUCCAACUACAUACAACGUUGAAGGACGUUGACGUUUAACUAGUGGUUCUGCUCAGGUCAGGUUGCCUAAGAAACAUCACGUUCAGAC